AAAAGAAGAAGAGAGAGAGAGAAAAAGAAAAGAAGAUAAUAAAGAGGCGGAAAGAUGGGGUUCUCAGAGAAGCAAGAAGCUCUGGUUAAGGAUUCAUGGCAAGAGAUGAAGCACAACAUUCCUCAACUUAGUCUUCGUUUCUUCACUCUAAUCCUGGAGAUAGCACCAGCGGCAAAGGAUAUGUUCUCGUUCCUGAAGGACAGUGAUGAAGUUCCUCACAACAAUCCCAAGCUCAAAUCCCAUGCUAUCAUAGUCUUCAAGUUGACGUGUGAUUCAGCGGUUCAGCUGCGAGAGAAGGGUGAAGUUGUGGUUAGUGGCACAACUCUGAAGCAUCUGGGAGCCGUUCAUAUUCAAAAGGGAGUCAUUGAACCUCACUUUCAGGUUGUGAAAGAAGCUCUACUGAGAACAGUGGAAGAGGCAAUGGGGGAGAAAUGGAGCGAAGAGAUGAAAGAAGCCUGGGCUGAAGCCUAUGACCAGUUGGCUGCAGCUAUCAAAGCUGAGAUGAAUGCCCAAACUCACCUUUCCUCCCAACCCUCCGCUCCGGCCUAAACUUUGAUUAUUACUCCGUAUCAUUUUUCUUUUUUUCAUAAAUUGAAAGAGAUGUUCUGUUUCGAUGGCACAUUAUAUUUAUUGUUAUAUAUAUACAUAGACUAGAGAUCGAAGGAGUUCUAAGCUAAAAAAUGAGGUGAUAAAAUCUCAACUAUUGAUGUAGCCAAAAUCUAGUCAAGUAUUUCUAACUUUGUUCUAAAUUCAUAAUGUGGACUUUUGUUAAAUAAUUUAAUACUAGAGGUUUAUGAGUUGAAUAUGUCAAUAUCGUAUGAAGUUAAUGUAUUGAGUUUAUAGA